UAAAAUUUGUACUCAAACAUAAACGACAAUGAUGGGUUCAAAAUUUUUGUUUAUAAUUUUAAUACGCAUCUCGUUGUUCAUAUUCUCAGCACAGGCUACUUCCAAAUAUGAAUUUACUAAUAUUGUGUGUAAAUCACUUGAUAAGGAAUUUUCCGAUUUCGAAUAUUGUUUCUUAAAGUCGGUUAACCGCUCAUAUAAAUAUACGUCCUUAAAAGUUAAACUGUAUAAACUGCCAAUAACAGAAGUUAAGAUCAGAUACGCUCUUUUAAAACGGGCAAAUGGUUAUAAGCCAUUUCUAUACAACAUAACAUUCGAUGCCUGCGAAUUUUUACGAUCGCCUAAUAAUCCAGUAACAAAAAUAGCGUUCACAUUGAUUAAGAAACAUACAAACAUGAAUCAUACCUGUCCUUUUGAUCAUGAUUUGAUUGUGGAGAAACUUGAUUCAAGUUAUGUGGCAGAUAAAUUAUCAGUUUUACCUAUUCCGAGUGGAGAUUAUGCAGUCUAUUCAACAUGGUUUGCUUAUGAUAUUCCACGGGCUGAUGUGAACAUAUAUGUAAAAAUUACUGAUUAACUUAAAUAUAAAA